AUGAGUUCUUCCGAAGUACUCCGAGUAGCAGUGCAUCAAUUAAUAGACGAUCUCGCGCAGAGUCCUUCGGGUCGUCAACAUAACAAUAGUGAAGGAGGAUGCACUUUCAAACAAUUUAAUAGUACCCAUCCCCCCACUUUUGAUGGAAGAAGCGAUUCCAAUGCAGCUGAGGAUUGGAUUCAGGACAUUGAAGAGAUAUUUAGUGUUUUGGAGUGCAGCGAUCAACAAAAAGUUCAAUUUGCAGCUUUUAAAUUAAUCGGAGAAGCAAAGAGAUGGUGGAACUCUGAGAAGGCCAUCGGAGAAACUGAUGGAACUGGUGUAGUGAACUGGCCUCACUUUAAGCAAAACUUCUUUGACCGUUUCUUUCCGAAAGCAGACCGGGAAGCUAAAGCCCGAGAGUUUACUAACUUGGUGCAAGGGACCAUGACGGUACGCCAGUAUGCUGCAAAAUUUGCAGAGUUAUCACGUGUCGUUCCAUAUUUGAUCCCGGAUGAAGAGAAGAAGGCCAGGACGUUUGAAGAAGGCUUGAAUUUCCAAAUAUAUGAAUGGGUAAUGGUCUUGCAGAUUCAGAGUUUUUCGGAGUUAGUGCACAAGGCAAUUUUGAUGGAGCAAAAUAUUAAGAGGGGUGUGGAAUCGCAAGAAACAAGAAAGAGAGCUACUCCACAAGGAUCCUCGGGUAUGGAUCAAGGGCCAUGGAAAAAGAGAAAUGAAGGGAGCAACUCAGGUCAAAAGAGAAUGCAAGGAAUUCAAUUGAAUAACCUCUGUAAUUUUUGUAAUAAUGCACACAUGGGAGAGUGCAGAAAUGAAAUGAGGAUGUGUUUUCGUUGUGGAAAAUCUGGACAUUUUAUCAAGGAAAGUCCUUUGCUGCAGUCGGAUAACAAGAAGCCUAACCCACCUCCAGUUUCCCAACAGACAAGUCAUGGAAAUAAUCAACUUAGAAUGGGACCAGCUCGAGUGUUUGCAUUAACAUCUGAAGAUGCGGAGGACAAAAAUGCAAUCACAGGUACCCCACUCUUUUCUCCUUGA